AUGGUUACCGAAAGCAUAGAAGAUUUAACCCAGAAAAACGAAUAUGAUAAUGCGGUUGUCAGCUGGUUAUGCCAAUGCUCAAAUAUUAAAAAGACAAAAACUUAUUCUCCGGAAUCAUUUAGAGAAUAUCUAGAGAAAAAUCCAAACAAUUUUUUAAUGUUGUGUCUUAGUUGUAACGAACUUUGUCCGAUCUUUAAUGUUUACCUAAUCAUCUAUUACCUAAAAUUUCUAUUCCGUGAUGGUAGAUGUAGAUACAAAGUGUGUGGCAUUUGGGCGUGUCAAUCAUGUGAAUAUUCGAAUGAACGAGAAACAACCUUUAACGUUGGGAUGAAAAGUUUUAAAAGUUAUUUGGAAAAAGCAAAUGAUUUUUUUUGGGAAAAGUGUUUAAAAUGUCGCAAUAAAUGUCAAAUCUCGAGUUUUCAUCUGUUGAAGAAAAAAUCAUCCAAAUUUGAGGAAUUGUGCUCGAUUACUGAAAUCGUCCGUAAUUUGAUCGAUAAUAAUAAGUAUCAAAUUUAUGGUUAUUGGCUUUGUCGAUUAUGGAAAUGUCGUCACGAAUUACAAUGUAAAUCGGGUUUUAAUUGUCGAUACAAAUGGUAUUCUCAACAUAAAUGGCAAUGCCAACAUGAACCUAAGUGUAAUGGUCCAUGGAGUAUGUUCCAAUGUAGAAACAAAGAGUGUAAAUGUUUGGUGAAACGUGAUUGGAAAUGUAAAGAUUUAAGGCUAAAUGGAAUUGAAUUACAUUGUGAGAAAAAUUUUUGUAGAUGUAAACAAUACCACGAUUCGAAAUGUAAAGAUAAUUGGCUAAAUAAAAACAAGUGGCAAUGUCAACAUGUUCAAAAAUGUAAAACCGAACGGGAAUGUAAACGUGAUUGGCUAUGUUUAAAUGAAUUGAAAAGUGAAAAAUAUACUCAAGAACUUCUCAAAAAACACCUAAAGAAAUCACCAAGUGAACAGUACGAGUUUUUCAGAAAGGACUGUAAGGAAUGCGGGAAAAGUGGUCAGAUCUCAAGUUUUCAAUUGUAUACACCACAGGAAAAUGCUUUAUAUGAAGAUGAGAGUGAAGGAAGUAAAAAUCCAAGUUUAGCUCCAAUUCCUGCUGUAGAUAUCUGUUCACCGUUAGAAUCAACAUCAUUACCAGCAGGAAGAUUGACAGAAAUUCAAACUCAAACCCCAACCGUCGAGAUCGUUUGCCAUUUAGUAUGGAAUAAUCAUUACAGAGUGUUUGGAGAGUGGAUGUGUAGAAAUCAUUGCUAUAGAACUUGGCCAAGUUCUUAUACUUGGAUAAAACUCCAUAAGUUUAUAGAUAAAUUUUCGGUAGAGAAUUUGAAUCGAAAUGAUUUUUACAUGCAAAGUUGCAAAAAAUGCGAGCAGCCUGGAAAUAGACUAUUGAAAUACGAACAUCUAAAGGAAGCGGAGGAGAUCAGCCAUCAUAAACGAUAUUUAUGUAAAAAAUGUCGGUACGGACAAGACGGACAAGACGGUGAGUUCAUACAAUGUCGCGAUGAUUCGAUUGAUUCGUCCAUGUGCGUGGCGCAGCAAAAUUUGAUUAUAUGGUUAGGAAGUUCCUAUCGCCUCGAUAAAUCAAGGUGGUUAUCUGCUAUUAAAAAUGAAAAAGUUUUCUCCGGUGGUCAGUAA